AUGAUCGUGUACUUCGCGGAUUGCCUGGGCGACUAUCAGGGCGACAUCCCAUGGGAAACCCUGCGCGACUGCGCGAAGACGCGCGACUUCAAAAGCAUGCCCGAGCCUUUCUCCUUGAAGAAGGAGCCGCCUGGCCAGUGCUCCAUGCAGGUGUUCGUCGUCAAGAAGGCCGACGGCAAGCACGACAUCCUGAAAAUGCGUCGCGGCACUGGCCUGAUAUGGCGCUACGGCAACCAAUUUAGGGUUGGGCGCCUGGCCGUGCAGUACAUGCUGAAGAAAGUGGAGGGCUACCAGUUGCGCUACCACACCGUGGUCGCAAAACCUGGCAAGGGGGCUUCCAGGAAGACGGCCGAGUGGGAGCUCAAGGCCGCGGGGUACAAGUUCAUACGUGAAAAGGGGCCUCGCACCAACAAUGCGAACCAGUUCGUGGAGUUUGCGGGCAGGGCAAACGCCAAGGGCCUCACGAUCUGGAUCCUGACGCUUCGCGACUUCGAGCCAUGGUUCCUCAACAACGUGAUCAAGCCACUACUGGCCUCCACUCUCAGGGCCUUCGGCUUGGCGUGGAUCGGCAAGACGCGCGUUGGGAAGAGCGCUGGGUCGAAGACGCUAGCUUUCAUGAUGAGCCGCGUGGAGAUCGAGGCGCUGGAGCAGUCUGGAGAUGCCGAGGCGGGCGAGCUCGUGCCGACGAUCGUGGCAGCCAAGCAUUUCCACUUCUUCAAGGCAGAGCCCGUCACCCGCGUCAGGCCCGCCAUCUUUGACGACGGCGAGCUGUCUGAGCAAUCGGCAUCUAUCCUCAAAGCAUUCCUGAACCCGAGCGAGGAAGACGCUACGAUUUGGGCACGGUGGGGUUCGUCCGAGUUCGACACUGUGGCUUCUCGCCAGGUCUGCAACAACGCCUACGACAAGCUCUUCGAGCGCGA